GCGAAAAUGGAUUUGUAAAUAUGCAUUAGUAGCAACACUUUCAGUCUGAUUCACUUUCAACAUGAAACAGCAAAAAGCACCCCGGCAAAAAUUCAAAUGGAAGUUCACAAAAGGCAUGUUCCAGAGACCUCUGGAAACCGCUUCUUUUCUGAUGCUUCUGAAAGAACAGGAGCGAAACUGGCGUGGGACGCUACUGGCCGUGAUUGCUAUUGGUCUGAUCUCAGGGUUAAUUAUCCUGACUGCGCUAUUUGUCACUUCGAGCGAAGAACGCAUAAGCUACGAACGAUUCACUAUCGAAGAACUGAUGUGGCUUGGUGAUAGGGCACGCGAUCUGAAUUAUUUCUGGCAUGAAAACCAAUUUAUCUACUCACAUCCGGAUUCCACUUGGAAGAUUGUUGACGUCGGUGGGCGUGAACUACUCACAUUUGAUGACGCCGCUGAGGCAACCAAAACGGCUGAAAUGGAUCUUUCUGGUUUGACACCGGUCAUCUCCAUACGUCCGAAUCCACAAAAGACCGCCUGGCUAGUACAGUUCAACGAAAAUAAGCAAACACUCCAGGACGUAACCUACCUUUAUACAAUCGUUUUCCCAUUCAGCACUCGACGAAUUCCAGUUGAUCCCAGCGGAACAGGAAACGGUUCUGCGUUUCUCCACUUUGUCCAGUGGGGAGAGAGAGAUUUUUCUCUGUUUGCUCACCAAGGAACCAAUCUAUACUACUCACAAGACAUUCGGCUACUGAAAACUGGAAGCGUUUUUCGAUGUUUGACUUGCCAAUUGGAACCAGGUUGGAAUUUUGGCUAUCCAGGCUGGAUUUACCGAAAAUACUUCCAGUACCGUCCAGGAGGAGCAAUGUGGGAACAUGAAGACCCGUCGACGUCAAAAAUCUUGCUGCUGGCAACAGAUGAAAGACAUCUGAAGAGUCUUUUGUUGCCACAUUACCUCAUCCAAGAUCGAAAUGGCGUCAACACCGAUAAAGCCGUUUACGUCCCAUUCCACACACAACCGGAAGUUCCUCGUGUGCCAUUGGUCGACAUACUCCUGAUAGAUCAUGGCGGAAACUUGCUGGCAAAUAUCAGCUGGGUUCAAAUGAACACACUGAUGGAACGCGUGCUGCCCGGAACGGCUUACAUAUCCGAAAACAAUAGAGGACUCUACAUAACCCGAGUUCAAUGGUUCAACGCGACCGGGUUCCUCGUCACGGGACUGUCGGAGACGCAAAAGUGCGGAUUUAUUACUUUCUGCCAGUGGUUUUCACGAAUGCCAGAUGUGGAAUGUCAGUAUGUAUGGUAUCAAUGCGUUGAAUUAGGUUGGUUGAAUAUGCACCGAUUAUCUGUCAGCGGCAACCUGUUCUUCAAGUAUGGCCGCGAAAACGAGGUUUUGACAAUCCUGCCCUAUGUUGCUCCGUCCAACGGGUUCACUUAUCAGCUCGCCGUCCUACGGAUUAUACCUAACCAGAAAAAUCGUGUUACUUGGCUGACCGAAUAUCCGUUCCAGGUGAACCAGUUGGUGCAUUCGGAUGAUGAAUCCAUUCAUGUGACUGGUUCAUUUCAACCGGGAAUUCGACACUUAUACCGGUUGGAUCAGCGAAAUACGGGCUCACUGUUCUGUCUAACCUGCAACGAAUUAAGUGAACUGAUGACCGACGUCAUCCUUGCUUAUCCUACAAAUGCGUCCAGAAAUAUCACCAUCGAAUCGGUCACAGCGAGCUCAAGCAUUGCCAUUAGGAAUACAAACAAGCAAACCGCCUAUCGAUCCGUUCAAAAAGUUGGAACUUCAGCAAACGGUCGUUGCUUCACCGUACAAUGGUCUACGGGCUACGAAACGUUUGGUGCCUCGGGGGUUAAGGAAGCGCCUACAAAAUGGAUGAUCAAUCAACUCACUGGAGCUGGGUUCAAUGCGAACGAGACCGGACAACCGAUGUUGGAGCCUAAAGUUCGAUUUGACCCGGAUUCUGGAGUCAGUCUGUGGUGCCGCUCGAGACAGUAUGAUAAACACGUAUAUCUAGUGUGGCACAGUCACUACGUCAUUGAUCCGGCUUUGAAAAGCAACUGGACAGCCGAUCAAUACCUUUCAAACGUUCCCACAGCUUUUCGACGUAAUCUACGCCUUUUGGACACGCUCUCACACGACACCCAGAACACGAAAUCCGCCAAACAGCACCAGCUCCCAACAAACACGUAUCACACAAAAGUCAAAUUCAAGUUGCUCAACGCUACUCAACUCCCCCUGCACAUGCUUUAUCCCGAGCCACCUUUUGGAGAUCGCCCGAUGCCAAACGUAAUUAUGAGGCAUAUCAAUUUGAGACAGACAGACAUUUUGGUGGAGAACGCCGACAAAGGUACAACUGCACUAAUCGAUGAAGAUGAACCUAUCAAAGACGGGGCGGUUGUCCGUUUUUGGUUCCCACCCUAUUUGAACGAGGGCAAUCAACAGCAUUAUCCUCUUUUGGUCAAUGUAAUUUCCAAACUCGCACCAGCUUCAUCCCAGCUGGACCGUCUUUCAGAGGAGCUGACAGUGUUCAUGGCCGCCUCAUUAGAUACUGUCGUGAUACGAGUAGAGCAUUGGACGGGAGAAGCUGAAAACCGUCUUCAUCAAGGAGGCAUUGAUGGUGAACUACAGAAUUACCAGGCUCUGUUCGAUGUCCUAAAUCGAACUUUGAGGUACCAUUACCUGGAGAAAAAUAAAACGGCUUUAUAUGGUUCCCAAGGCAUGAACGCUCAUCUGGCUGGUCUGCUACUGCGAGCCGAUCGGAUCCCAAUGAACCCCGCUUGCGGAGCUCUUAUUGCCCCAAUCGUCUCCUGGAAGUAUCACGAUUUCACAGAGGCCGUGCGUGUCUUUCCCGCUCCGGAUGAAUUCUCUUAUUUGGAAUUCGACCUGACCAAAUUCACUAAACAUAGCAGACAAAAAGAGAUACUCUUGGUGCACGGAACGGCUGACACCGUUGUACCAUUUGCGCAAACAGCGCGGCUGGCCAAAGUAUUGGCGGAACAGAAAAUGGACUUUAGUUUGUUGCCGCUGUUCGACACAGACCACAGUUACGAGAAUGCGAGUAUUCACAAAGCCAUACUAACGAAACUCAUUGUGUUCCUACACGACUGCCGGGGGCGGUCGGAAGACGAACGCCGAAGGAUGUAUACGGAUAUCAAUUUUGCCUUUAUCUGUUUGACCGUGGCUUUUGAGACAGACACCGCCCCCCGUUCAGCUGUAACACCCUUUCGGUGCUUAGCUGCCAUACCAUCAGAAGGAAGCACAAGGGCUGGGAUACUGCCAGGUUACCCAAGCCCAGACAAGAGAAGUCGAGAGGCGAAAGCCGGGAUCGAACCACGGACCUUGCGGUCAGUAAAUUCACCCUCUAACCACUGA